ACUUGGGAAAAGCGUGAAUAUCCGAGCUGGACUGUGUGCUGGUAUGCUGUGACUUCAUACCAACGAUCGAGCGAACAGUCCCGCGUCCGUUUCUUGCGGUCCUCAGAUGAAUCUUGAAGAUAUUUAGGGAAAUAUUUUGGUAGUCAGUCGAGAGGAUGAGCUGGAAUUCUUCUGUCUACUCCCCCUCAAAAUACACCACCGGCUCCACUCUCCUAAGCCCUUACAGUUCCUACAACCCCUACGACCGCACCCUGGGAUACAUCGUCCGUGGUCAGCCCCAGCUUUCCAGGUAUGCACCUUCUACCUCCCGCUACCUUACACCCGGCCCUUGCCUCGACCGAGGUUUCCCAUUCUUCCCUCAAGAGCCUGAACGAGGUCGACCUGCACCCCAUUCAGACCCCCACAUCACCCGUCGGAGCGAAAGUUCCAGUCGUAUGCAGGUUAAAGGGCCGGUUCUCCGGAUGAAUGGGUUGAGGGGACGCUCACCUUCGAGGACCGGUUACACAUGCACGUCUGCACUGUCGAGGCAGCGGAGAUCGGUGAGUCAGUCAGAUCUGAUGCAAGAACUGUCCACACUGGCGAUCUGUGACGCUGGAGCAGGAGAGAGAGGAGUCUACACAGUCAAAGAAUGUCUAAUCAGGAGACGGACUGAGUACUCAAGGCCUCUUUACUGGAGCUCGGAGAACUCGAAGCACGCUCAGGGUCUGGUGGGCCUCAGGAAUCUAGGGAAUACUUGUUUCAUGAACUCCAUACUUCAGUGUUUGAGCAACACUCACGAUCUGAGGGAUUACUGUCUGCGGAACACACACCGCGUCGACCUCAACAACAACUGCAGGGCUAAAGUGGCACUGAUGGAGGAGUUCGCCAAACUCACUCAGACUCUUUGGACGUCAGCUAGCAAUGAGGCCAUCAGCCCAUCAGACUUCAAAAUGCAGAUCCAGAAAUACGCCCCUCGAUUCGUGGGCUACAAUCAACAAGACGCUCAGGAGUUUUUGAGGUUUCUGUUGGAUGGACUUCAUAAUGAAGUCAACAGAGUGACAGUGAAAUCCAAAGCCCCGGGGGAAGACUUCGAUCAUCUCUCGGACGAUGAGAAAAGCAAAAGAAUGUGGAACAAGUACCUGGAGAGUGAGGACAGCAAAGUAGUGGAUCUCUUUGUCGGUCAGCUGAAGAGCACAUUGACAUGCAGCGAGUGCGGUUACUGCUCAACUGUCUUCGAUCCUUUUUGGGAUCUGUCUCUUCCUAUCACAAAGACCUCUGGAGAAGUGAGUUUGAUGGAUUGCCUUCGUCUUUUCACAAAAGAGGAUGUAUUAGAUGGCAAUGAGAGACCGACAUGCCACAGAUGUAAAGCCAGACGGAAAUGCACGAAGAAAUUUACGAUUCAGAAAUUUCCCAAAAUCCUGGUGCUUCAUCUGAAACGAUUCUCAGAGUGUCGUGUCAGAACCGGCAAACUGUCCACGUUUGUCAGCUUUCCUCUCAAAGACCUGGACCUCAGGGAAUUUGCCUCCAAUAACUGCAUUAACACGGUGUAUAAUCUGUACGCUGUGUCGAAUCACACCGGGACGUCUUUGGGUGGACAUUACACAGCGUACUGCCGCAGUCCCUGUACAGGAGAGUGGUACACCUACAAUGACUCCAGGGUGAGCCCCAUGUCGUCCAGCCAGGUGCGCAGCAGCGAUGCGUAUGUUCUCUUCUACGAAUCUGCAGUCUCAUCACGAAUGUGAACAAACUCACCCAGAGGCUGAAACGGUCUUGGAUUAAAAAAAGGUUUCUGAUGCUCUUGCACUGGGUCUACAUGCUCCGAUCCCGAGACUCAAUACCAGUGGAGGGCCGGGGGACUGUCAACCAAGGGGAAGUGAAUAAAACUCAUGGACUGAGAUGAGAGUUUAGACUGAACUCGAGUGUAAGGGCUUCUACAUGCAUCACGCCUCUUAAAUGAGUCUGAAACGGCGGACGAUGAACGAGGGGUAUGAACUACUACCUCGAAUAAGCAAGAUGUGUUUGUGCGAGGCUGUGUGUAUGACUGAUAUUGUAGGACUCUAUGCACUGUGUAACAGUCGGUCACCAUUACACACCCCAAUCUGUACCGUAUUUAAUUUAUUAACAUUAGUUUAACGUUUAAAUGAAUGCUUUUUACUCAGUUGAGAAUGAGGUCAUGCAGAGAGACCAUAGAGGUCAAUAGAGGAUGUUUUAAGUGAUGUUUACUAUUUCAAACAGAAGAUACACCUCUGCUUCGGGUGAUUUGGUCACUUUUGAGAGAUUAUGCACGUUGAAGGGCAUUGUUUUACACUAUUGCAUGACUCUUCGACAUUACAGAGAUGGUUGUAUGGUUUCUUUCCUCUAUGGGCCAGGCGUUGUUUAACCGAGUAUAAACGAUGAAUAUUUCAUUCCUCUGUAUAAUUUUGCUAACUCAACGUUUUCCCUCCAGGGGGAAUAUAAGCUUUGGAAGAGGCCUUAAUAUGUUUUCCUCAUUCUGUCAGGGACAAUAUAUAUUCUUUUGAGAAUGAGUCUGAAUCAGACAGAAAUCCACGAGGAGGUGCAUAUGUGUAACAGAGAGAGAGAGCGCGAGUGUGUCUUUAUGUAUUAUUGCUCUAUUUAUAAAGUGAAUGUUGUGAAUGUAGAUUUUUGUUGUGCUUAAACCAGACAAUGUUUUUUUUCUACAGAGAGAUUUUAAAUGAGUGCUAAUUUCGUGUCUGACAUGUGACUAGUGUACUGCAUAUCAAGAACCCUUGGGUAUGUGAACAUGAAUAAAAACAAAUAUCUACACGAA